AUGACGACGAAGAAAUUAGAUGGCGCCGCAGCAUCGCGCAGGAGAUAUCUAAUUGGACCUAUAUGUUUUGUACAUGUGUUUACAUUUGGAAUCUACAACAGCACGACUGUUCUCUUCUUCCCAGAGUAUGUUGGAAAGUUCCUUUAUCCCAACACCACCUCUGAAACCUCGGCCGAUAGUUCCAUAUGUAACAGCGACAGCAAUUCCACAGACACCGAGAGCGAGAAAGUCAUUCAAGCCGAGGUAGCAAGGUUUACGAUUUACGCGUCCUUGUGUGUGGGGAUUCCUUGCAUAAUUUCGAAUCUACUUCUUGGAAGUAUAAGCGAUAGAUAUGGCAGAAAGAUGAUGUUGAUGAUCCCCACCAUUGGGUUGCUCUUGGUGGAAAUGUCAACGGCCAUAUUAAUGUAUUUGGAUGUACAUCUCUACUAUUUACUGAUUCCCAUGGUUGUCCAGGGCUUUGUCGGGGAUACAUUUUCACUGAUACUAUUCGUUAUGUCCUAUGUAUCCGACAUAACAGAAAAUAACAGGUCUAGAACGUUUGGUAUUGCUAUCAUGGAAUGCUGCAUAGGAAUGGGAGUAGUUAUUGGUGGUAUAGUAUCCGGUUACAUGAUCGAAGCUUUUGGCUAUAUAUGGCCUGUAGUGACGUCCCCACUUUGCAAAAUCAUCAACAUUUUUCUCAUAGCAUGUCUACCAGCAACUGACGUCCAAAACAAAAGCACUGAUCCAUUGACUUUGAAGACUGUUUUGGACUUCAUUAAACAGUCACUUGAGUUUUAUUAUUCCAAGAAAUACCGGGGCCUUCGAUGGAAGUACAACAUCUGCAUUGUUGUUUAUGUCAUGGGAUGUGUCUGUCUAAUUGGUCGGAAUGCAGCCGAAGUCCUGUACAUCAUAAGCCCUCCUUUCUGUUUAAGCCCUGUGCUUGUUGGCUGGUUCCACGCAGCCCAACAAACCGUGCAACAAGGCAUAUCGAUGAUCCUCAUACGAGUCUUUCUGAUAUUCAUGAAUGCAGAGGCAGUGUCAACCAUGGGCGCAUUAUCCGGAAUUGCUGGUUUUAUUGUUCAGGGGCUUGCAACAUCUAACACUGUGCUAUUCCUGUCCCUUGUUGUCGGUUUUGGGAUGGCACUUGGAAUUCCGACGAUGCGAGCCAUUAUGUCUAAAGAAACACCAAGUGAAAGUCAAGGUGCUUUGUUCGGUGGCAUGGCAGCUGCACAAACCGCCGGGACUUACUUUGGGUCGUUGGUUUUUGGAGCCAUUUAUGAAAGCACAGUGUAUUUAUUUAAUGGAACAGUAUUCAUGUUCAUGGCUGGAUUAUGCUUCAUUUCAUUUGUGCUGUCCAUUUGCCUCGUUAUCAUUCCAAAGUGUAAUUCCAACGAGAAAGCAAAUAUGGAGAAGAAAGAUGAAAAACUGACGGAACACAAACUAUAA